CUGCCGUCGGGGGCGGCCGAGCAGCUGCGCGGCGGGGAGCGGAGCCUCGAUCUGAGCGCGCGGCCGCUGCGGCGGCUGCCGGCGCCCGUGUGCGCCCUGCGCCACCUGCACAAGCUCUACGUGAGCGGCGUGGGGCUGCGCGAGGUGCCCGACGAGCUGGCCGCGCUGCGCCACCUGCGCACGCUGGCGCUGGACGGCAACGAGCUCAUGGAGGUGCCCGAGGCGCUCUGCUGCCUGCCCCGCCUCGUGCACCUCUACCUGGGCCGCAACGGGCUGCAGGGGCUGCCGCCCGCCUUCGCCCGCCUCCAGAGCCUGCGCUCGCUCUGGCUCGAGGGCAACUUCGUGGCGCGCUUCCCCCGCGCGCUGCUCAGCCUGCCGGGCCUGCGGAGCCUGCAGCUGGGCGACAACCGCCUGGCGCGCCUGCCCGCCGCGCUGCCCCGCAUGGCCGGCCUGCGCGCCCUCUGGCUCUACGGCAACCGCUUCGAGGCGUUCCCGCCGGCGCUGCUGCGCGCCGCCCAGCUCCGCGUGCUCGACCUCGACCGCAACCGCAUCGCCCGCUUCCCCGACCUGACGCCGCUGCGCGGGCUGCGCCUGCUCUGCUACGACCGCAACCCGGCCCGCGCGCCGCCCCGCACGGGCCCCGACGUGCGCCUCGUGGGCGAGGGCGCCCGCGAGCUCAUGGAGGCCCGGAGUCAGAGCCUGCAGGCCCAGCGGGAGCAGGAGCAGGAGGAG